UAUAGAUAGAUGUCAUCUCCCGCUUUCUUCCUUAAUUUCCCUAUCAUCCCCAGUAAUCUCUCUUAUCUUCGUACGGGCACUUCAAUUCAUUUUCAGCUUUCUGCAAAUACGAAUACAUCUUACGCUCUUCAGUCAACUGCACUUAUGUUUCAUUUGCACUCUUGAUUAGGCCCAUAGUUUCUUCAACUCAUGUGAAAGUCUCGAAAUUGGCUCCCUUCUGGAUUUUGGGUGUCGAGUUCUAUUUCUCGUAAGUGACGCUCCGAAUCCCAUAGCGGAAGCAAAGAUCUUCGUUGUGUCUUCUUGAAUGUCUGGGUGAAAGGACAGAGGCCAUCUGCAUCAAUUUAGGUUUCGAGACUCUGCGGUAGUAUCUGUGAAAAUGGAGGCGGGUUUGGUGGAGCAAGGAAGAGACAGAGUAGGGCAUAUGAACAAGGUUGGGUAUGUGAAGAGAUUCAUCGGUAAGAAGAAGAAGCCUUACCGACGGGUUAGGCGUCCCACUGUUUCAAAGGCACUUCAGGAGCUUUUCGUCUCAUGCCGAGACACAUUUAAAGGCCCUGGCACUGUUCCUUCUUCCCAAGAUGUUCAGAAACUAUGCCACAUUCUCGAUGCUGUGGAACCAGAAGAUUUUGGUCUAAGUAGUGAAUUGCAAUUCUUCAAGCCUGGAAAUGUGUUCAAAGAGAAUCCAAGGGUCACAUACACAACCAUUUACCAGUGCGAUAAUUUCUCUCUCUGCAUCUUCUUCCUACCAGCAACGGGGGUGAUUCCCCUCCACAACCACCCAGGAAUGACCGUGUUCAGCAAGCUUCUACUUGGACAAAUGCACAUUAAAUCCUACGAUUUCGUUGAUCCUAUUCCCGAAACACCUGAGAAUACGUCCCGACCAUCUCAAGUGAAAUUGGCCAAGUUAAAAGCUGAUAAGGUCUUCAAUGCGCCUUGCGAUACUUCAGUUUUGUAUCCGACCACAGGAGGCAACAUACAUGAAUUCACAGCCAUAACUCCAUGCGCAGUGCUCGACGUGAUCGGCCCUCCUUAUUCUAAACAAGAUGGCCGCGACUGUUCCUACUACAGAGAUCACCCCUACAGUGCCUUUUCAAGUGAAGAGAACAGGGCGUGGGAGGAAGACGAAAAGGGAAGUUAUGGGUGGCUUGAAGAGAUUGAGAUGCCAGAGAAUUCUCAGAUGGAUGGAAUUGAAUACUUGGGACCUCCAAUUAUUGAACCAGCGAGCUAGCUAGCUAGUUAGAUCUCGUUUCAGAGCUAUACAAGAAGAAUCCUAGUUAACAUGCUGCGGAGAGUUUUGAGUUCUCAGUUGAGCGAUCUUAUUCAUAUACAUUAGUAUGUGUUUACUAAUUGAGAGAUGCCUUCAAGCUUUGGCCUUUGUGUAUCGCAUCAUCUAUCGCCACCCUUCUGGGAUCUAUACUCUCAGAUGUAUAUAUCAACAGAUGCCCCUUACUUGUGUUAAAAGCUCUAAUUUAUUGUUGUUAGUAAUUGCUAA